GUUACAAAUGAUGCUGCAACUAUUGUGCAUGAACUUGAGGCACAGCAUCCUGCUGCCAAGAUUCUGGUGUUAGCAGGCAAAGCUCAACAGGAAGAAAUUGGCGAUGGAGCUAAUCUAAUGAUAUCUUUUGCUGGGGAGCUUCUCCAAAAUGCAGAGGAGCUUCUUAGGAUGGGAUUGCAUCCAAGUGAAAUCAUUAGUGGUUACACAAAAGCAAUCAAUAAGACAGUUGAAAUUUUAGAUGAGUUGGUUGAAAAGGGCUCGGAAACAAUGGAUGUGCGGAACAAGGAUGAAGUUGUUUCCCGAAGGAAAGCUGCUGUGGCCAGCAAGCAGUUCGGACAAGAAGAUAUUUUGUGCCCACUUAUUGCGGAUGUGUGUACAUGGAUGUUGGAUGCAAGAAUUCAGGUCUGCCCCAAGAACCUAGCGAACUUUAAUGUAGAUAAUGUUCAUGUGGUAAAGCUUCUUGGAGGAGGUCUGCAUAACUAUUCAAUUGUUCGUGGCAUGGUCCGGAAAACUGAUGCUGUUGGAAGUAUAAAACAAGUGGAAAAUGCAAAUAUUGCUGUGUUCUCCGGAGGUGUUGAUACAUCUGCAACUGAGACAAAAGAUAGUUCUAAUUCAUAG